AUGUCGGUCACUAAAAGUAUACGCACCACGAAAGCCGUCGUUGUGAUGGAGUUAAAGGUUGCCGCUGUUCGUGAAGUACUACUUCCAGUUGUGCGUGAUGACUGGGUACUUGUGAAAGUUAAAGCUGUUGCCAUCAAUCCCACCGACUGGAAGCAUAUCGAUUAUGGAGCUGCGGAUAUCGGGUGCAGAGUAGGAGUUGACUAUGCCGGUAUUGUGGAGGAGGUUGGGAGUAAGGUCACCAACUUCUUCAAAGGCGAUCGUAUCACGGAUUGGACUCAUGGGCAGAAUCGAGCCGAUCAUGAAUCUGGAGCAUUUGCCGAGUAUGCCGUUGCAAAGGCUUGUGUCCAGAGGAAAAUUCCCGACAACUUGAGUUUCGAAGAAGCAGCAAGCUUGAAGGUUGCCAUCAUGAUCAUUGGACAAGGAACGUAUAAGAAUCUCGAUCUGCCAUUACCUACAGAACCAACCAAAGAACCCUUUCCUUUUCUCAUCUACGGCGGAAGUACUGCAACAGGCAUGGCUGCCAUUCAGCUUGCCAAACUCUCCGGCCUCGUUGUCAUUACAACCUGCUCCCCUCACAACUUCGACUUGAUGAAAAGCCUAGGAGCCGAUGCAAACUGCCUGAGAUAUGCUUUCGAUUGCACGGGUGAUGGUGCAUCUGUUUGCGCGUAUGCCAUGUCAGACACCGAGCCGGGUAUCUAUGGGGACAUUAUGCCCGCAGACUACGAUUUCCUGAAAGCUACUAAUCCCAAGGUUCAUUGCCAGGAUUUUCUCCGUGGGUAUGAUACCAUGGGUGAAGAUUACUACUGGCUUGCUGAGGAGGCGGUCUCACCUAACCCAGAUGAAAUGGACUUUUAUAAAUCGUUUUUGGCGUUGACUCAGCCUUUGUUGGAAAAUGGAAGUCUUAAGCCCCUGCCUAUGGACUUGAAUAGGCAUGGUAGUGGGUUGGAUGGCGUGCUGAAGGGUCUGGAUGAACUGAGAAAGGGCAAAGUCAGUGGAGUGAGACUAGUUUAUAACAUCUAG